UUCAUCCCCAGCUGUUUAAAAAAUGGGAAAGAAAUCUGAUCCACUAGCUAUUGGCCUACUUCCAAGGCUGGUGGGAAAAAGACCCUCGGAAAAUCUCCUUCUAACGGAAAAAGAAACAACAAACCUCCUUUUGUCACUCCCACAAAUCUCAACAAAAAAGUCGGCAAAGAAAAAGCUUAAAACCAUAAAAUAAAUUUAACAACAAGUCAUUAAAUGUUGUUCCGCCCAUUAACACUGAUAUAAUCCACCAUUUUCCAAUUCAUAAACCCUACGAGGCAGCCCUAACUCCACUGCCGGCCGACGCGUGCAUUCCUCUCAAUGGGCUCCUGCCUGUCGACGCGGUCGCCAGCGAGGUCGACGCCGGCGGACGGAAUGCUGACCGCUGACCGCACCGCCUCCUUUUCUUUGUCCCGGUCGCGGAUCAACUUCAAGAGCUGGAAGGAGAGGAAGAGGCAGAGGAGGAAGGAGAGGAAGCGGCAGAGGAAGGAGAAGGAGAGGAAGAGGCAGAGGAAGGAGAAGGAGAAGACGGGCACAGGUGUUGUUGGUAGUGUAGGGGUGUUUGACCGGCGGCCGGCGGGGCCCGGCAACGGGGAGUUGGCGGAGGACGAGCUCUACGACGUGCCCGGCCGGAUGUUUCUGAACGGGACCAGCGAGAUGGCUUGUCUGUAUACUCAGCAAGGAAAGAAGGGUACUAAUCAAGACGCAAUGAUCGUGUGGGAGAAUUUCACUUCAAGAAGUGACACCAUAUUCUGUGGAGUAUUUGAUGGUCAUGGCCCAUUUGGUCAUAUGGUUGCCAAGAAAGUCAGAGAUUGUCUUCCUCUUAAGUUGUGCACUGAAUGGAGAGCUAAUGUUAAUGGGCACAACAGCCCUCAACAAAAUGGUAACUUGUCCAGGAGCAUGAAUUCUGAAGAAUCAACGUUUAGCGGCAUUGAUGAUGAAUGGGGUGAGUCCAUUGAUGAGAAUGAAAAGCCACCUGAGAUUUAUAUUCCGCUUAAACAGUCUUUCUUGAAGGCUUUCAAGUUGAUGGAUAAAGAAUUAAAACUUCAUUCAACAAUUGAUUGUUUCUGCAGUGGGACUACAGCUGUUACUGUGGUAAAACAGGGACAGGAUCUUAUAAUUGGAAAUGUUGGAGACUCUAGAGCAAUAUUGGGGACACGGGAUGAAGAUGAUAAUUUGGUUGCUGUACAAUUGACUGUUGACUUGAAGCCCAAUCUUCCUAGGGAAGCUGCCAGGAUCCAGCAAUGCAAAGGAAGGGUUUUUGCUUUGCUGGAUGAACCAGAAGUUGCACGCAUAUGGUUGCCAAACAAUGACUCACCUGGCCUGGCUAUGGCUAGAGCUUUUGGAGACUUCUGUCUGAAGGAUUAUGGAUUAAUUUCUGUUCCAGAUAUCUCCUAUCGCCAUCUCACUAGUAAAGAUGAGUUUAUUGUUCUAGCCACUGAUGGGGUUUGGGAUGUUCUCUCGAACAAGGAGGCUGUUGAUAUAGUGGCAUCAGCACCAACUCGUGCAAGUGCAGCUAGAGCUCUUGUUGAUUGUGCUGUUCGAGCUUGGCGACUUAAAUUUCCCACCUCAAAAAUUGAUGACUGUGCUGUUGUUUGUCUAUUUUUGGAGCCACCAUCCCCUUCCGAUCCAUCUCGUGGAAGUGACUUCGAGAAUAUGCCAACGGAGCAAGCAGAGACAAGGGUCUUGGGUUCAGUAGAUGAAGGCAAGGAAAAAAGGCAUGGACCAGUCCCUGUUGGAGCUCAUACUUUUGUUUCUACAUUAGAACAUCCAUGCGCAUUUCGCAAUGCUGAUGAGAUUGUACCAAUAUCUGAGGAACCUAAGGUAGAAAAGGUGCCAGAAAUAUGUCAAGCCACAAGAAGCCUUGCUGAUUGCAUAUCCACAACAGAGGAGGAGUGGUCUGCCCUCGAAGGUAUUACCAGGGUAAACUCACUUCUACGUCUUCCCAGAUUUUUGUCUGGUGAUAAGAGGACCACCAUUUGGAGAAAAUGGUUGUAAGAAGUGACGAGCAACUCCUGCAAGGAACUGAGAAAUUCAAAGUAGGUAGCAGGUUUUUUUUUUUUGUUUGCUUGACAUCAAGUUUCUGUUAUCUUAAGUUCUCAGUGGAGCAUGUGGAAACCUGUAUGCUGUUAUUUAUUGUGUUGUUAUCAGAGGGUCGCACUUCACAGGCUUCUUUACUCCUGUAGAAAUUUUUUGCUUUGGAAGAAGCCUGUGAAAUAUGUCUUGCCUCUUCCUAUAUGAAACACAGCCUAUCUUUAAUAUAGACUUUUUUUUUUUUGAAUU